UGCUGUGUGACUUCACUUACAUCCUAAAUAUUACAUCGGACGAUGCUGCGAGUAAGGUGUCUCAGAGGAGGUAGCAGGGGGGCCGAGGCAGCCCAUCUGAUCGGAGCCAUGCUCGGCAGGGCAGCGACUGGAUGGGUGCAGAGGGCAUUCCAGAGCACCUCGAGUUCUGCAGCUGCACAGCCGCGCCCUGCGCUCGCAGAGGAACAUGUUACUGAGCCCGUGCUGCAGGAAUGUCCUGUCUGCGCCUACAAUGAAUGGGACCCACUCGAGGAGGUGAUCGUGGGCCGUGCUGAAAAUGCCCGAGUGCCUCCCUUCACUGUGGAAGUCAAAGCUAACACAUAUGAGAAGUAUUGGCCCUUCUACCAGAAGUAUGGGGGCGAAGCUUUUCCUAAGGACCAUUUAAAGAAAGCUGUUGCUGAGAUUGAGGAAAUGUGCAAUAUUCUACAUCACGAGGGUGUUACUGUUCGGAGGCCUGAGCCUAUCGACUGGUCCUUUGAAUACACAACUCCAGACUUCAAAUCAUCAGGCAUGUAUGCUGCCAUGCCCAGGGACAUCCUUAUGGUCGUGGGAAAUGAGAUUAUUGAGGCUCCUAUGGCCUGGAGGGCUCGCUUCUUUGAAUACCGGGCCUACAGACCUUUGAUCAAGGAGUACUUCAAAAAAGGUGCAAAAUGGACCACUGCUCCCAAACCCACUAUGGCAGAUGAGCUGUAUGAUCAGGACUAUCCCAUCCGCACAGUGGAGGACAGACACAAGCUGGCUGCCGAGGGCAAGUUUGUGACCACAGAGCAUGAGCCUUGCUUUGAUGCUGCUGAUUUCAUCAGAGCUGGGAGAGACCUUUUUGUCCAGAGGAGUCAGGUUACAAAUUUCCUGGGAAUCGAGUGGAUGCGUCGUCAUCUGGCCCCAGACUACAAGGUCCACAUCAUAUCAUUCAAGGACCCCAAUCCCAUGCACAUUGAUGCCACUUUUAACAUCAUCGGGCCAGGACUGGUGCUGUCAAACCCCGAUCGUCCAUGUCACCAGAUUGAGAUGUUUAAGAAAGCUGGUUGGACUAUUGUGAAACCUCCAACACCUCUGAUUCCCGAUGACCACCCACUGUGGAUGUCCUCCAAGUGGCUAUCCAUGAAUGUCCUGAUGCUGGAUGAGAAGCGUGUUAUGGUUGACGCCAAUGAAACCAGCAUUCAUAAAAUGUUUGAGAAUCUUGGUAUCAAGACCAUAAAGGUGAGCAUUCGCCAUGCCAACUCCCUGGGUGGCGGCUUCCACUGCUGGACAACCGAUGUCCGCCGCCGUGGUACCCUGCAGUCCUACUUCCACUAGCCAUGCCAGAAAUAGGCAGUUUUUAUUGAGCUGUUAAAUUUAAAGCCUCAAUCCAAACUUUAUUUUGUAAUCAGUUUCUUGAUUCUUUGCAAUAGAUUCAUGAAGAGUAGAGCUGAAAACUCUGGUAUUCCAAACUUUAAGAUACCACUCAAAAUACAAGAUGUCCAAUGUUUACAAACAAUAUAAAGGUAAAUAAAUCAUCGAUCACCUGACUAUUUGUUUAAAUUUGUCAUACACUGCAACCCUUUGCAUAAAAAACAGUUUGAGAGUGGAUAUAAGAGCAAACUAAAAGCUAGCAGUGGGAUACUGGUGUCAUUAAUGGAGGCACCGUAUUCCAGUUUUGGAUUGGGUCUUUAAGUUAACAUGUAUGAAUUGUGUGGAUUGAUCAUUUCUGUACUUUACAAUGCCAUUGCAAACAGCUUUGUUUAGACUAUUAUAGCAACAAAUGAACACAAUUUCGCUAUCUUUUUGCAAAUGAACAAAUAAAUAAAUACUUCUGUCAGUCUUGCAAAAAGCAGCUCAGUAAUCUCAAUAUUAACUGCAUUUCUGGCCUGGCUAUUGUGAACCUGAAUUUCUAAUGGCUUUAACAUCUGAAAGCCAUAACAAAGAGGACAGGGUACAAUUUGGUAUGUGAAUGUCAUCAGACUUGGGCACAGGAGGAGAGAAGCUAUCUCCUCAUGAAAACACAGACACAACAUUU